CCUCUUUUAGUCGCUGCCGUCUCUGCCUCUUGCUCGUGGAAGUUGCGCUCUCUUCACGGUUAAACUUCUCAAUUACUUCUCUACAAGUUGCAAAAACUUCGAAAAUAUUGUUAUAUAUUACUUGGAAAGUUCGAAAGAAAUUAUUUUGGCAAAAUGAGUAUCAUACAAAAAAUUGCUGAUAUCGAAGCUGAGAUGAACAGGACCCAGAAGAACAAGGCCACGAGUGCUCAUCUGGGUCUGUUGAAGGCUAAACUAGCCAAGCUCAAGCGGGAGCUCAUUACCCCCAAGGGAGGUGGGGCUGUUGCUGGGGAAGGUUUUGAUGUUGCCAAGACUGGUGAUGCAAGAAUUGGUUUUGUGGGAUUCCCUUCAGUUGGGAAGUCUACUCUGUUGAGUAACCUGGCUGGGGUUUACUCUGAAGUUGCUGCUUAUGAGUUUACAACUCUUACUACUGUGCCUGGCAGCAUCAAGUUCAAGGGGGCCAAAAUACAGCUGCUGGAUCUCCCUGGCAUCAUCGAGGGUGCUAAAGAUGGCAAGGGUAGAGGCAAGCAGGUUAUUGCCGUGGCCCGCACUUGUUCCCUCAUCUUCAUUGUCCUGGACGUGCUCAAGCCCCUGCAGCACAAGCGGCUCAUUGAACAUGAACUGGAAGGUUUUGGCAUGCGACUCAACAAGAGCCCUCCUGACAUCACCUUCAGAAGAAAAGAGAAAGGAGGCGUGAACCUCAACGCUGUUGUUGCUCAGUCUGAACUCGACACCGAACUUGUCAAGACAAUUUGUGCCGAAUACAAGAUCCACAAUGCGGAUGUUAUUCUGCGCUACGAUGCCACUGCUGACGACCUCAUCGAUGUCAUUGAGGGCAACCGCGUCUACGUGCCUUGCCUCUACAUCCUCAACAAGAUAGAUCAGAUCAGCAUAGAGGAGCUGGACAUUAUUUACCGCAUUCCCCACACCGUCCCCAUCUCCGCCCACCACAAGUGGAACUUUGAUGACCUGCUGGAGAGGAUGUGGGAGUACCUGAACCUGAUCAGGAUCUUCACAAAGCCGAAGGGGCAGGUGCCGGACCCCAACGAGCCCGUGGUGCUGCACGCCGACAAGCGAACCGUCGAGGACUUCUGCAACAAGAUCCACAGGAGCAUCAUGAAGGAGUUCAAAUAUGCUCUGGUGUGGGGCUACUCCGUGAAGCAUCAGCCCCAGAAGGUGGGGAAAGAUCACGUACUUGAGGAUGAAGAUGUGGUGCAAAUCAUCAAGAAAAUAUAACGAGUAAACCGUCAAGUUUACUUUCUUGAACUUCAAUGGCCCACUUUUUUAUAACAGCAGUACAGCAUUGAAAUCUAAAAAUGCAUUUCAUUUCUCUCCAUUGCGCUUGCUUUUUUAUAUAGUAAGUCCCCACUGAAGCAGCAGCUUUUUAGGUGGUCAUCCGUUCCUUGUCACCUUGUCGGUUGCCACGAUGUUGUAUAGCCAAUGCAAAGAAUCAGUUCAAAUCGUAAUUGUGUCGUAUUACCUGCGUAUUGAAACUUGUGUAAAGGAAAUGCCGUGAAUAUGUAUUAUAUUGCCCCUUCAAACUCC